UCCUUCCUUGAAAAACGCGAACUGCACGAGAGUAGUUUUGGUGCGAAAGUCGCAGCUGCUCGAUUCGACUCACCAAUCCUCUCCGCCCUCGAACUUGUUUGAGAUAUGGGAACUAAACUAAAUCCAGUCACGGCGACUUUUUUGGGUUGCUUCCUCUUGUUCCCUGUGGUGCUUUCUGCAUCUGGUGAUGGGUUGCUUCGCAUUGGACUCAAAAGGAGGAGAUUUGAUAAGAACAGCCGGAUUGCUGCUAGGCUUGAUGUUAAUGAAGGGGAGCUAUUAAUGAGGCCUUCUGCUGGGAAGCAUCAUCUCAAUGGGAACCUCAGAGACUCGGGGGAUUCUGAUGUUGUAGCACUAAAAAAUUACAUGGAUGCUCAAUAUUUUGGUGAGAUCGGUGUAGGUACUCCCCCACAGAACUUCACUGUGAUUUUCGACACAGGCAGUUCAAAUUUGUGGGUGCCCUCUUCAAAGUGUCAUUUCUCUAUUGCUUGCUAUAUGCAUCCACGAUACAAGUCGAGCAGCUCAAGUACUUACAAGAAGAAUGGGAAAUCAGCUGAUAUACAUUAUGGCACUGGAUCAAUUUCUGGGUUCUUUAGUCAAGAUCAUGUCAAAGUUGGUGAUCUUAUAGUGGAGGAUCAGGAUUUUAUCGAGGCAACCAAGGAACCCGGCCUCACUUUCAUGGUAGCCAAGUUUGAUGGCAUCCUUGGUCUUGGGUUCCAAGAAAUCUCGGUGGGGAACGCAGUGCCUGUUUGGUAUAACAUGGUCGAUCAAGGGCUUGUUAAAGACCCAGUUUUCUCAUUUUGGUUUAAUCGUAAUGCUGAGGAGGAAGAUGGAGGUGAAAUUGUGUUUGGUGGGGUGGAUCCCAAUCACUUUGAAGGGGACCACACAUAUGUUCCUGUGACCCGAAAAGGGUAUUGGCAGUUUGAUAUGGGUGAUGUUCUGAUUGAUGGUAAAACAACUGGAUUUUGUGCCGGUGGCUGUUCAGCAAUUGCAGAUUCAGGGACCUCUCUGUUGGCCGGUCCAACGACUAUCAUCACUGAAGUCAACCACGCUAUUGGAGCUGCUGGUGUUGUGAGUGAAGAAUGCAAGGCUGUAGUUGCACAGUAUGGGGAGACCAUUAUUCAGAUGCUUUUAGCAAAGGAAGAGCCACAUAAAAUAUGCUCAGAGAUUGGAUUAUGUACGUUUGAUGGUACUCGAGGGGUUAGCAUGGGCAUUGAGAGUGUUGUGGAGGGAAAAAAUAAGAAAGUCUCUGGUCGUCUGACUGAUGCGAUGUGCUCUACAUGUGAGAUGACUGUUGUGUGGAUGCAGAACCAAAUUCGGCAGAAUGAGACGCAGGAUCGAAUACUCAGCUAUGUGAAUGAGCUUUGCAGUCGAUUGCCUAGCCCAAUGGGCGAAUCUGCUGUUGACUGUGGUGGCUUGUCAUCCAUGCCCAAUGUCUCAUUUACAAUUGGAGGAAGGGUAUUUGAUCUCUCCCCUGAGCAGUACGUUUUGAAGGUAGGAGAUGGAGACUCGGCUCAAUGCAUAAGCGGAUUUACGGCUUUGGAUGUCCCUCCUCCUAGAGGGCCUCUCUGGAUACUGGGCGACAUUUUCAUGGGUCAGUAUCAUACCGUCUUUGACUAUGGCAAGCUGAGAGUUGGAUUUGCCAAAGCUGCAUGAGGAUCUGGUUUUCUUUCUGGGUACUUUUAAGCUGAUGUUCUAAAUAAGUGAUGUACAUAUUUGACAUUGUGGGUAUGCUAUCUCGAGGAUUUCACUUGGCCUGUUACUUAAUGGGAAAACUGUUUGAUAUUGCUACUC